AUGAUUGGUGGUAUUAGGGGAUUUCCCAAGCAUGGGACAAUCUGGUCUAGGCAUGCGCAUCGUAAUAUGAAAUUAUACUCACCUAGAAGCUUUAGAGCAUAUUCUGUACCACCGGUUGCACCAAAGAGACAAACGCAAAAAUUAUUCAAAGUCGGGUUAGGAGUUGGAUUAGUGGGGUCUUUACUAUAUGCAACAAAUGAUACGGUACACAAUAAUGUCAGACAUGUUGUGUUAACUGCAGAACGUAUUGGAGUUGUCACAGUCGCUACUAUACGUUGUUUCAGUCUUUAUCGUAAAACCAUUUUUGCUGAAUAUGAGAAUGAUAAAGAAAGGUUGAAGGCAUUCUCUGAGACCCAUAGCAAGGCUGCAGCUAUCGCGCUCAAGGCUUUAGAGAAGAAUGGAGGUAUCUACAUCAAAUUGGGACAACAUGUCUCUGCACUUACAUAUCUCUUGCCUUCAGAAUGGACUGAAACUAUGGUUCCACUUCAAGAUAGAUGUCCAAUGUCAUCAUUGGAAGAUAUUGAAAAUAUGUUUCAAAGAGAUUUGGGAUGUUCGAUUUCUGAAAAAUUUCAAGAUUUCGAUCCAAACCCAGUAGGAGUUGCUUCUUUAGCUCAAGUCCACAUAGCAACUUUAAGAAAAACUGGAGAAAAAGUUGCAGUUAAGAUUCAACAUCCAUCUCUCCAAGAAUUUGUACCUAUAGAUAUUUAUAUGACUCAAACAGUCUUUGGAUUGAUGCAUAAAGUGUUCCCAGAAUAUCCACUUUCUUGGUUAGGUGAUGAGCUUCAAAGUUCUAUUUAUGUUGAGUUGGAUUUCACUAAUGAGGCUCAAAAUGCUGAAAGAACAUCUCAAUAUUUCCAAAACUUUCAGGAAGUUACAGCAUUGAAAAUUCCAAACAUUAUCUCUGCCCAACCAAGAAUUAUGAUUAUGGAAUAUGUUGCAGGUGCUCGUCUUGAUGAUUUAGAAUAUAUGAAGAAACAUAACAUUAACACUCUGGAAGUUUCAUCUUGUCUUUCACAUAUAUUCAAUAAUAUGGUUUUCACUCCUGGAGUUGGUCUUCAUUGUGAUCCUCAUGGAGGUAAUUUGGCUAUCAGGGCUGUUGAAAAAUCUGUUCAUCACCAUAAUUUUGAAAUUGUUCUAUACGACCAUGGGUUGUACAGACAAAUUCCUCUUCAAAUGAAGCGGGAUUAUUCUCAUUUCUGGCUUUCUGUUUUAGACAAUGAUGUUCCUAAGAUGCGUAUGUAUUCUGAAAAGAUUGCAGGUAUCACAACUGAUCAAAAAUUUAAGAUUUUUGCCUCAGCUAUCACUGGAAGAGAUUCUAAUACCGCUCUUUCGUAUGAUAUCACUAAAACGAGAACAAGUGAGGAGAUGGAUAGUAUGAGAGAACUGUUGCACGGUCAAGCGGGGGUUCUUGAAGAUUUGAUGGAAAUGUUGAGUCUGAUGCCAAGAGUAGUGCUUUUAAUUCUCAAGACAAAUGACUUGACAAGAAAUCUUGAUGAAAAUCUCAACAAUCCCUUAGGUCCAGAAAGAACAUUUUUAAUCAUGGCUAGUUACUGUGCUAGAGUGGUUUAUGAUGAACAAAAGGAAAUAAUCACCAAGUCUUACGGUCAUUGGUCUGCUUCGUCAAUCUUGUACAGUAUUAAAAACUGGUGGAGUUAUCAAAAUAGACUUAGAUCCUUGUACAUAUAUGAUUGGCUUAUGCUUUUAAGAAACUUAAAGGCUAGAUUACUUUAA